GAAGGAUUUGACUCUCAAAAAAACAUCACCAAGGAUGAUCCAGCAGCACGAGACAUGAGCGCGCCUCAGUGCUUCAUGCCUGCCUGUCAUUUAGGAUCAUAUUACCUGGACUGAUGAGCUUUUUUCCAGCACUGAAACUCUCCCAAGUUGUGCACAGUUAACAGUAACUCCAAGGGAGGAGGAUGACAUCUCUGCUGAGCAGACUCUCUCUGUGUCUCUGUGUCCUCAGGAUCUUUGUGAUACAUGCAGAGUUUGUGCAGCCCUCUCCAAAUGAGGCCUUACGCUCCUUGGCGGAGGAAGAGACCGUCCUGCCGUGUGUCUACCGGCCCAAUGUAAGCGAUACGGUGGUGCAGGUCACCUGGUAUAAGGAGAAACCAGACACCACCCGAGAACAGAUCAUCCUUGCGCACCAUUUAGAGGGAUAUACAGCGUUUGGAACGUGGUCGCAACGUGUUCGCUUUCAAAGCAGCGUACCCACCCUUGAUUCGUCGCUGGUCAUCAUGAACACAGAGGUCUCUGAUGGGGGGAAGUACAUCUGCCACGUCAACACCUUUCCCAAAGGAAACUUUGACAGAGAAAUGUCACUCACUGUGUGGACCGUUCCCAUUUCCUCCCUGGAUCCUGUGAUUCUGGUGGAGGGACAGUCCUACCGGCAAGCUGCUACCUGCCGCGCCAUCGCCCACCCUCCUCCCCGGUUGACCUGGGACUCCGACCUGAACGGCCAGUCCCUCAAUCGCUCCCUCGACAACGGGGCGGUCUCCUCGCAGUACUCCCUGCACCCACUGAGGAACAUGAACGGCAAGAAACUGGACUGUCUGGUGUGGCAUCCGGCUUUCUCGCAGCCCCGUAGAAUCAGAAACAACCUGGUGGUGCACUUCCCUCCGUAUGCAGAGGUGUCUGGCUUCAACAAGGACUGGUUCGUGGGCAUGAGGAAUGCUGCCCUGAGGUGUGUGAGUGGAGGAAACCCUAAACCAGACAGUUUCACAUGGAUCAGAAUGAAUGGAGAGCUGCCAAAUGAUGCUAUCAUCCACCCUAACGGAACACUAAUCUUUGGGCGACCCCUAAACAUGUCAGACGGAGGCACCUACCAAUGUGUGGCAACGAAUGAAGUGGGAGAAGGGAAGGCAGAGGUGGACAUUAUUGUGGCAGAACCGCAGGAGGAGCCGGAAGACCUGGAGAGCCUGCUGAUGAUCAUCGUGGGGGGUGUGGCCGGUGGGAUGCUGAUCUUGAUGCUCGUCAUCGUCAUCACCGUCACGUGCCACCACAAACGCAAGAACAAGAGGCUGAAGAGGGAGCUGACUCAGAAGAAGGAGGAGAUAAGCACUCUCACCAGGCAAGCGUCUUUCAGGAGAGUGAACUCUUUAAGCACAGAUGCCAGAGGAACGACGGAAGAAAACAUCCCUCUGAGGGUGGAGGGCACCCUAAGGACCAGUCUGUCUUCCCUCGGGGAACAGACCCACUGCCGUGACAGCCGAUCUACUAUCUCAGGUGGACGUGGAGGAGGUGGAAUAUCAGGGGCGUACGACUACCUGGGCCGACCGGUCCUGUACAACAACUCUCGCAGAGGUAGAGAAAGGACUCUAGAUAGAGAUGAGGAGAACCGACUCAGAGUGGAGACAUAUGUGAAAAGCACGAUCUCCUUGCAGCAGCAGGAAACUCAAUUCCACCCUCCUCUCACGCCAUCAUCCUUCCCUAUGGUGCAGUCCACCGAGAUUGUAAGGCAGCUGAACGGCGGCACCAUCAUCCCGUCAGAUGGGGGUUCGCGACCAGGAAGUGUCGCCAAGAACCACCAGAGUCACCCUGCUGUGAGCUGCACCUACCCGCCAGUGACGGAUGACGAGGACGAAGUGGACGAGGGCUUGGGCGGUCCGGCCAGUCAAGAGCAUCCUGACGACCAGGACAGCGAGACCAACAGCUCUCACAGCACACGCUACCAUCAGACUAACGGCGCACUGAGAUCUUUGACCCGGAAAAGCCCCCCUCUGGUCAAUCCACAUACCUCCCUCAUCCACAAGGCCCAGAUAGUUUAGCUGGCGGCAGGAAAGUCGCAUGCAGACACUGCAAAACUGUCCAGCUCUGGCUUUGGAGGUGCCUCGAAUGUGGACACAAGCCCUGAAAAUCAGUUUACGGUUUACUUUGCUGCUGCAUCUUUUACAUUGACCGCAACAGAGCAAAGCUUUGUGUACAUUAGUGUACUGCAAAGUGUCUGUUGGGCCUUCCUGAUUUCAGCAGUAUGUUAAGUAUUCCCCCAGAUUACAAAAGACAGCACUGCAGAGUUUACAGAACAGACGAUGUUCCUUUCUUUGCUUUUGCAAUGUGGUUGUUGCUCUACCCAGCUGUAGCUAGCAGGUGAAUGUAGCUGAUAUACUUUGUGAGGGGAUAUCGAAGCACUCGAGGACGUGCGCUGUACGCAAUCAGGAAGUGAUUGAGCAAGCAAGGCGGUGGGAAAGUCGGUAAUUCAAAAAGAAGAGUGCAACACCUCUGUGCUGAGGGUGACAUUUUGCUUUAGUAUUUAAGGUUCCUUAAACAACACAGUUUGGGAUCUGAUCCAAACCACUGGUUUCUCCGUCUACAGCCACACCUGCAACAUGCAUACCUCCAUAUUGUCUUCCAGUCCUUUCGUUUUUACAAAUUGAGACAGUUUGGAUCCAAUACAAACUUCACGCAGCAAAACCAUUGCUGAUCUGUCCGAAACAAGUUGUGAUCUGUAUGUUUGUAAAAAUAUGCAGAUCUUCAAUUCAACAUACUACAUUUGCCUACUAGUUCUCACAUGGCUCAGUUUCCUCGCUUCACCUCACAGGCACACUUACAUAAAUUUACACACAUACACAUAGAUUCAAUCAAUACAAUGAUCUCCUACUUAUUUACAUAUAAAACGUAGAUAGACUCACUAUAUAAAGUGGAGCGCAGAUGUAUUGAGUAUCUCUCCGUACACACACAUUGAAAGCUGGAGAAGCUUCCAAAUGUUUGUAGAAUAGACAUUUUUUUAUGGUAAUUGUAUUGCUUGAUGUGACUACUUAUGUAAAUGUAUUUGUGUAUAUGUUUCAGGGACAACGCACAUUUAUCAGCAAAACUGUAAAUGUGCCAGUAUUAGCCAAAUAGCUCAUUUUCAGCUGUCUUCCAGGCGCCAGAUUUUAAAUUCGUCAGUAAAACACCAACAUUUAAAGCUCGCACAGGAGAAAGCAAACGGAAACAAUGUAAAGUGCUUACAGGAAUGGGGCGUGCAGCAUGCAGAAUAACAAAUGUACAUAGCAAACGUACAAAAAACACAUCUGGAUUCUUGCAUUGGGGACCAAAGAGGCAACAAAAAGUAUCGGUAUCUGCAUUUUUUGGAACUUUCCUGUUCUUGCUGGAGUUUUUCAGCCUUCAAUCAAGACAAUGGACUUUUAAAGUUGUGGCUAAACCAUGCAUGUAUUGUUUAUUUGUGGACCGUUGGCUUUAUUGUUUUUUGCAUUGUUAUUGUUUAUAUGUGUUCUGACGCGGGGAGCAAUGUGCCAAAGGGAGGAAAUAUAAAACACAGUUCUGCUUUUUGUUUUUUGGCAAAUAUGAAGUAUUAUUUUGUUCUUUAUGUGCAUUAAUAUGCUGUAUUGAUAUUGUUUUGAUGUCUCUUACCUGCUGUAAAUACUUUUUCCAAGACAACUGUCAUUUGCCACCUGAGUCAGAACUGCCAGGUUAAAAGUAUGCUGGGAAACUUUUAUCUGGCAGCAACUAACCGCAAACUGUACAUAAGAGCAGAUGAAAGGCAUCGUGUUUGAAUGUAGGUUGUAUUCGUUGUAGACAGUGCCCCCUGAUGUGUGCUGCUGGAAAGUGCAGGGACCUGAACGAGACCUACAAACUACAUAACUGCUGAACUAUGAGAGACUCGAAAUUCCACUGUGAUUUUGAUGAUCUUCCUGAUCAUGUGUCUGGAUUUUCAUUAUCAUAAGGGCUUUGUGGGUGUCAGGUUGUGUUGAUGGGUUGAAAUAAAUGUGCAUGGUUUUUCCAACAGAG